AAACGUUACUUGGGCAUUGAACCGACGUCAAUUGACAACAAUCCCAUUUGCUAAAUUCGCCACUCGAUACUUCUUUGAUUCCUAUUUUCUUUCGCUCGCGUUCAUUAAGGCUUCUAUUGGUUUCCAAGUGAGAGUGCUCAACACAAUGUUUGCCCGGUGCUCCUCAUCCCUCGUACGACCUUCGGCGCAGGGUUUUCGGCGCUUCCAGAGCACGCUGGUGCUGGCAGAACACAACAAUGAGACGCUGAACCCGAUCACGGCCAACGCGGUCACGGCGGCAAAGAAACUGGGCGGUGAUGUGACCGUCCUCGUCGCUGGCACCAAGGUCGGCCCGGUUUCGGAAGCCGCCGCCAAGCUGGACGGCGUCAAGAAGGUGCUGGUGGCCGAGGGCGACGCGUACAAGGGUCUGCUGGCGGAGUCGCUCACCCCGCUCAUCCUGGCCACGCAGGAGCAGCUCAAGUUUACGCACAUCGUCGCCGGGGCAACGGCUUUCGGUAAGGCGGUGCUGCCCCGCAUCGCCGCCAAGCUGGACGUGUCGCCUGUGUCGGACAUUAUCGGCGUCCAGUCGGCCGAUACGUUCGUGCGCACUAUCUACGCCGGCAACGCGAUCCAGACGGUCAAGUCGAAGGAUCCGGUGAAGGUGAUCACGGUGCGCGGCACCAACUUUGAGCCGACCGGUGCUGCCGGCAGUGCGGCCGCCAUCGAGAAAGCGCCCGAGGGCGAUUUUGCGAGCAAAACGACCGAGUUCGUCAGUCAGGAGCUGACCAAGUCGGACCGACCGUCGCUCACGGCGGCGAAGAUCAUCGUGUCCGGCGGGCGGGGCAUGAAGUCGGGCGACAACUUCAAGAUGCUGUACGAUCUGGCAGACAAGUGGGGUGCCGCGGUCGGAGCGUCCCGUGCCGCCGUCGAUGCUGGCUACGUACCGAACGAUCUGCAGAUCGGCCAGACGGGCAAGAUUGUGGCGCCCGAGGUGUACGUGGCCAUCGGCAUCUCCGGUGCGAUCCAGCACCUGGCGGGCAUGAAGGACUCGAAGACGAUCGUGGCCAUCAACAAGGAUCCGGAAGCGCCAAUCUUCCAGGUGGCUGACUACGGGCUCGUUGCCGACCUGUUCAAGGUGGUGCCAGAGAUUAACGAAAAGUGCUAACGCACACACUAAACACACAAACACACGAAUGCCUUGUUGAGGGAGACAAGGCAACACUCUCGUUGCGUUUUCAAUCACCUCUCGAAGGGGGCUGUCGCUCUCGAAUUGCUGACCCCCUGUACUAAGCAACAGUGUCCUGUUGGGUGGAUUUUGUAAAGUGUGUUGUAUUAGUUAUAGGCGCAAAAAUUUAGCUACAGUAUAUCAACAUAUGAAGGCUUAGAGGCAGAACUAUCCGUUUUCAUUGGUCCACACGGCGCGUGCAGCAAGUAAUGGGGUUUCCGGGUUUUUACUUCUUCGGUGCAAUAAUUCCUUCCAGUUGGGCCUGCGGAGAAGAGAUUGUGUUGUAAGAAACAAACAAAAAAAGACAGGACAACCGAUCGUCAAUAAAUAUAUCCGUUUUCAUAAAACAAA